UUUGUAUUGUUUUCUUUUUGUAGUAAAUGUUUGUAUUUUCAAGGUCGUCGGUCGGACUGCUAAGUUUGUUGUUUGGCAGGGAGAUGGUCUCAUGCGAAAUUCACAAGAUCUCUGUGUGUAUUUGAACCUAGUUUUCUGUAUCAUAAUCUGAAAGAGCAGAUGAGAUGUCCACAGACAUGUGGUCGCACUAAUCAUACGAAUAUUGGUCGACGUAUUCAAUUAAAGUGUGGUAGUUGUCAGCAACAAAUACGUAACAUCUACAAAUUUCUGCAGCUUUAUUCACGUUUAGAUGUGUAAGUAAUAGUAAUGGCAUUCCUUCUGAUUGAUUCGCAGCAAAAAUAAAUGUAACUGUAAUGAUGAAAGUAUCCACGCUUUCAUCCAUGAAACCAAUAAAAUGUUGAACGAAGAUUUGGAAAGUUCACUUAUGAAGGAAGUAGAAGAUGUUCUGAGUAAAGCACACAUAACUCUUUUACCGCAAACUCAAGGGAAAUCUGUCGCCUUGUUAGAAUCUGAGAAGUCCAUGUCGAAGUCAGAGCGCAGAAGAACCACCUGUGAAAGUAAAACUCAGAGGGAGAUUAAUACGACUGUAGUAAAACAGAAAAAGUAUAUCCCUGCACAUAUGAAGGCUCCGUACAAAGCUGAUAUUUUGUCAAAACGCCAGCCAGUCAAACUGUUGAGAAAAGUGAAAAAAUAUAUUGGUGAAAGUAAAGAACAUAAAAUUGUGGAAUGUAAUGAACACAAAAAGUCUAUUCAGCGGGAGUAUGCCCAGAACAUGCACCGUGUAAUUUAUUCACAUGUAGUGUGCACUUGCAGUCAGAUUCAGACAGGCCAAGAAGCAACGCUGGUUAGGCAGCUGGACAAGGAUUUUCUUCGUCUGCGAACUUUACUCCUAAGAACAGAGCAGUUAGGAAGAUGGGAAGAUGGAGGAAUUCUGUUAAAGUUAUAUCGAAAAGUAAGUAUUUCGCGUCUAUGAUAUUCAUUGUGUUAACUACACGGAAUGCUAUCCUCUGACCACAUGUACAUGUGUGCACCUUGCAAUGAAGCACGUGUCGUGUUAAUUGUUUACCAUGAUACUAGUAAGUGUGGCAGUCGGUUACGAUUAUUAUUUCAACGGUUGUUUUCACACAAUGAUAAGUUUCUGAUUUUGGUAACAUUUUGAGUAGGAUUUCUGCCCAUGAUCUCAUCAAUUCGUGGAAUUAGUUUUAAUCCCUGAAACUAAAAACAAUUCCAAAUCCUUAUUUCGAACCGCAUUCCAUCACGAAGUGAAAUCAUUUGGCGAAAUCAACUAAGUCCCUACAAACCAACACUCCUCUUGUUUUUUGAAAUUAUUGAACAAAAACAAAAUUGUAAAAGACGCUCAUCGUAGUCGGUUCGU